AUGCGUAUUAUCGACAUUGCCGUCGAAUUUCCAUUAAAUCCCAAGAUGAAACAGUUUCAUUUAACGUUAUUAUUGUGUCUUCUAUUGGCAAGUAGUGCCACUGGUCACUAUAAUUCCGAUACCUUCUUAGGUCAUCGUCUUACUGGACACCAAUUGGGUACCAAACAAACAGAUUUAGGCAGUUAUGGUCUUUCUCCAGACGCUCAUGCAUUUGGAGGUUUUGGUCAACAAUCAAAUGCUCGUUUAUACAGUUCAGGUCGUAGGGCUAGUGUCCCAGCUACUAAUAAUUUGGGACAAUUUAGUCAACAGAUAACUGGUUUAUCAACUUCCGGACAAACGAGUUAUCCUCAACAACCUGCUCGAACUACUGUUAAUCAACAACCAGCUGCUACUGAAGACGUUACAUCAUUUGUUUCCAAUGUUCAAGUUCCACAACGAGAUCAACCUUAUAGUGAUGUUAACAAUGAUGGCUUAUCAAAUGGUGAUAGUAAUAAAUAUAACAGACCUUAUGCUGAACCAACUGGUAUGCCAUAUGGUAUCCAAUCAACAGGUGAAAUUUUAAGUUAUCAACCAGAAAAACUCGAUCUUUCCAAAUGUGGACCAACACCAACAGUAAAUCCAUGUACACCAUUUGGUUCACAAUAUUAUCCAUUACCUGGUUAUCCAAAUUGUUAUAUUCAUUGUGCAUUUGGACGUUUAUUUGUCAAACCAUGUCCAACUUAUCUUGUAUGGAAUACACGUGUUCAUAGUUGUGAUUGGCCAACACUUGGUUCUCCAUUUGGUAGUGAUGAUUAUGGUACAACAUCGUAUAGUAACAGUGGAAGUAAGAGUGGUUCAGCAUCUUAUGAAACUAGCAACACGAACUAUGCAAUGCCACAAACUUAUUCCUAUGGACGAAAGAAGCGUUCAACAAUUGAACGCAAGAAACGUAACAUUGCAGCAUAUUAUCAAAGUUUAAUGAUGCCAUUUUCUCCUCAACAAUAUCCAGGUUAUUAUACAGCACCUUCUCCAUAUGAACCCGAUCCACUUCGUAUACCUGUGACACAAUUUAAUUUACCAGGUCCAGUUAGUUUUCCUGGCCAAGUCGGAUUUGCAAGUUUUCCUUCUCAAUUUGCAAAUCCACAAGCUCCUCAACCAGUAGGUGUUCCAUUAACUGCUCCAGCAGCAUCAGCACCUGUACCAGUUGCUCAAGCAACACCAGCCCCUGUACCAGUUACUCCGGCAACACCAGCCCCGGUGCCAGUUGCUCCGAUGGCACCAUCAUAUGCACCAGUUGCUCAGCCUCGUACUAUUGCAACAUAUGGUGGUUUAUAUGCUGAUAUGUUUACUGCUCCAUCUAAAGCUAAUCCAGCAGUAGUUCCUGCAGCUCCAUCAGCAGCUCUUACUCCAACAUUUUUUCCAACCUUACCGUCAGCAGCUUUUUCAUCUUCAAUGUUCCCACAACAAAGCGUCGCACCUGCUACUUCUUUUGCAGCACCUACUCCUGUUUCCUUUUCGGCUACAUUAAUUCCUGGUCCACUUUAUCCAUAUGGCCCUCCACAUGGCGGACCAUUUGGUCAUCCACUCCCACCACCUCCCAAACCUUCGGCUGGCCUACCUCCCAUGUUUUUUGGACCUUUCGCUGGUCAUCCUAUGGCACGUUUUGGGUUCUUCGGUGGUCAGGCUCUCCCACCUUUUAUGCCUUUUGGUGGCCAGCCUCUCUCAAGUUUCAGAUUUUUCGGUGGUCAACAACCUCCACCUGCUAUGCCUUUCGGUGGUCAAGGUCUUCCACCUUUUAUGCCUAUUGCUGAUUUAUUUCGUGGUGGAUCAUUUGGCUCUAAUCUACCUAACAAUGGACCUCUCGGCUCAGAUUUUGAACUUGAAGUAUUCUCAGCUGAUGAUGAUUCCAACGAGGGUUCUGACGAUAGUUCUUCUGGUAAAGGUGAUGGUAGAACUGCCGGCAAAGUCAAUAAAAAUGAAAACAAAAUAUCCGACAAAAGCAACUCUGGAAAAUCUCCUUCUACCGAUGGUGGUUCUGAUUAUUCAAAAAGAAAAGACUAUACUAGAAAUGGUAAUUUCAAAAGCCGUGGAAAUAAAGUUACAGGUGAUAAUUAUGAAGAUGAAGAAUUUGAUGGUUAUGAUGAUUUUCCAAAUAUUUACUAUCGUAAAAAGCGUCACUAUGGCUCCUAUGGUACAACUGUUGGACAAGUACCAACAGUUCCUGUAGCUGCAUUACAACAAUAUCAAACUAGCUACAAUCCACUUCAAUCUACAUCGUAUAAUGCAUUACAACAACCACGUUUAAUCCCAAAUGAAUUAAAUCGUCAACCAUCAUUGCAAUUAUCGCCGUGUUUUAAUAAACCACCACGAAUUAAUAUUGCACAUCCAACAGAUGCUGGAAAAUAUAUUGCAUGUAUAUCUCGAUUACAUUAUGAAAUAAUGGAUUGUCCAAGUGGUCUUAUUUAUAAUCCAACUAUUGAUCAAUGUGAAAAAAGAAAAAAUCUUGAAGCAAUUUGUGAACGUGAAAAACCAUGUAUGAAUAAUGGUCAAUGUUAUCAAACAAGUCCAACAAUAUAUAAAUGUACUUGUCGUGGUGCUUGGACAGGUGAACGAUGUGAAACGCCAUUAUCAUCUUGUGCUACUAAUCCAUGUGGUCCAGGUAAUGAAUGUCUAACAUUAAAAGCAGGUGAAUACAAGCAAGAUUAUGUUUGUGUAUGUGAUGAAGGUCAAGCAUAUGGUUUAAGUUGUGGACGAAAUACUGUACCAAAUCCAUGUUUAGGUGCAUCAACUGAACAAGAACAAUAUUAUCCAUUUAUAUUCAGUCCUCAAGCUUUUAUUCAAUGUAAUGGUGAGAUACUCUAUGUUCAACCAUGUGCAUCUGGUUUAUAUUGGAAUCAAGAAGAAAAAGUCUGUGAUCAAAUUGAAAUGUUACCAACAACACCAGGUGAAAAGCAACCACAAUCAUAUGAAGUUAUCUAUGGUACUAAUGAACAAAAAUCAACAUAUAUUCGUCCAACACCUAAUUUAACUGAUCAAAAUUUUAUCAAACAACAAUCUUCUCAACAACGAUUCGAACAAACCAAACAACCACAAAUCGUUAUUAAUGAGCAAAGUUCAACAUCAGUAAAUAAAGUUGUUCCAGUUCCACAACAACCAACUGUUAAUUCAUUUCAAAUAUUUUCUCGUCAUAUGAAACAAAAAUCAUCAAUGCCAACAAAUAAUUAUGUCAUGGCACAAGAACAACCAAUUCUUACUAGUCGAUCAUCAUGGUCAACUCCAGUUAUACAAUCCGAAACUGCUCAAACAUAUUUACCAAAACCACAAUACGAUCAAACUUAUAAUGAACUAUCACCACGAUUUUUGAUGCAUCAACAACCAAUACGACCAAGUACUCGUCUAGUUAGACCAGAAUUACAGGGAGAUUUCAAUACACAAUAA